CUGAAGCAGGCUUCAAAUUCUGAGCUGUCAGCGGAGUCCAUCACGGAGUUCGAACUCGUGAACCACGAGAUCAUGACCUGAGUGGAAGUUGGACACAUAACUGACUGAGCCACCCAGCCACUGUCAAGUCGGCUGCUCCUGAUCACCAUAGCAACCGUGACGAGCCAGCAUCCAGCUCUGCUGCACGGACUUCUCCAACCCCAGCUGAGAUGCAGCGGUGAGGACAAGGAGCGAGCGGCAGACACCCAGGAUCUCAUUCCUUCCUCGUUGCCUCGACUGUUAAUCCCUGUACCCUGAGAGAUAAUUGCAGCGAAGGGACAAGGGGGAGAAGAGGCUGUACCUUGGAGAUUCCCGAUGCUAACCUCCGGUGGGUGGUCCAGCGGGAAGGUGGAGUGUGCAGCACUUAACGAUGUGCGCAGCCAUAGCAGCCGCACCUGCAUACUGAGGACGGACUGACGGUGGAGAGCCAGCAUUUAUUACGUAUCGAGGAGACGCCCUUUGAAGCUCUAACUGAUUAAUGUGACGGAAUCGGGUGGAUCAACAGCCAUCCCAUUGCCCCCUUUGUUGGGGGUGCUGAGAGUGGGGAAGCAUGGAGAACAGUAAGAAUGAGACCAUGAAUCGCGCUCACGUCCUCUUUGACCGGUUUGUGCAGGCCACCACCUGCAAGGGAACCCUUAAGGCCUUCCAAGAGCUAUGUGACCACCUAGAACUGAAGCCUAAGGACUACCGCUCCUUUUAUCACAAGCUCAAGUCCAAGCUUAACUACUGGAAAGCCAAAGCCCUGUGGGCAAAGUUGGACAAGCGGGGCAGCCACAAAGACUACAAAAAGGGAAAAGCAUGCACUAACACCAAGUGUCUCAUCAUUGGAGCUGGCCCCUGUGGUCUCCGUACAGCCAUUGACUUAUCCUUAUUGGGAGCUAAAGUGGUUGUUAUUGAGAAACGAGAUGCCUUCUCCCGCAACAAUGUCUUGCAUCUCUGGCCAUUCACCAUACAUGAUCUACGAGGUCUGGGUGCCAAGAAGUUCUAUGGCAAGUUCUGUGCUGGAGCUAUUGACCAUAUCAGUAUCCGUCAGCUUCAGCUAAUACUUUUGAAAGUAGCCUUGAUCCUAGGCAUUGAGAUCCAUGUCAAUGUGGAAUUCCAAGGCCUUGUACAGCCUCCUGAGGACCAAGAAAAUGAACGGAUAGGUUGGCGGGCACUUGUCCACCCCAAAACCCAUCCUGUAUCAGAAUAUGAAUUUGAAGUGAUCAUCGGAGGGGAUGGCCGUAGGAACACCUUGGAAGGAUUUCGCCGGAAAGAAUUUCGUGGCAAAUUGGCAAUUGCCAUUACAGCAAAUUUUAUUAACCGAAAUACAACAGCAGAAGCCAAAGUGGAAGAGAUCAGUGGUGUGGCUUUUAUUUUCAACCAAAAAUUUUUCCAGGAACUGAGAGAAGCCACAGGUAUCGACUUGGAGAAUAUUGUCUACUACAAAGAUGAUACACACUAUUUUGUUAUGACAGCCAAAAAGCAGAGUUUGCUAGACAAAGGGGUGAUACUGCAUGACUAUGCCGACACAGAGCUCUUGCUUUCCCGGGAGAACGUGGACCAAGAGGCUCUGCUGAACUAUGCCAGGGAGGCAGCGGACUUCUCCACUCAGCAGCAGCUGCCGUCUCUAGAUUUUGCCAUCAAUCACUAUGGGCAGCCUGACGUGGCCAUGUUCGACUUCACUUGUAUGUACGCCUCUGAGAAUGCUGCCUUGGUGCGGGAGCAGAAUGGACACCAGUUGUUAGUGGCUCUGGUUGGGGACAGCCUCCUAGAGCCUUUUUGGCCAAUGGGAACAGGAAUAGCCCGGGGCUUCCUAGCUGCUAUGGACUCUGCCUGGAUGGUACGAAGUUGGUCUCUAGGAACAAGCCCCUUGGAAGUCCUGGCUGAGAGGGAAAGUAUUUAUAGGUUGCUGCCUCAGACCACCCCUGAGAAUGUCAGUAAGAACUUCAGCCAAUACAGCAUAGACCCUGUCACCAGAUAUCCCAAUAUUAACAUCAACUUCCUCCGUCCAAGCCAGGUGCGUCAUUUGUAUGAUACUGGAGAAACAAAAGAUAUUCAUCUGGAAAUGGAGAACCUAGUGAAUUCCCGAACUACCCCAAAGUUGACUCGUAAUGAGUCUGUAGCUCGUUCAAGCAAACUACUGGGUUGGUGCCAAAGGCAGACAGAUGGCUAUGCAGGGGUAAAUGUGACAGAUCUCACCAUGUCCUGGAAAAGUGGACUGGCUCUGUGUGCGAUCAUCCAUAGAUACCGCCCUGAUCUGAUAGAUUUUGACUCUUUGGAUGAGCAAAAUGUGGAGAAGAAUAACCAGCUGGCCUUUGAUAUUGCUGAGAAAGAACUGGGCAUCUCUCCCAUCAUGACAGGCAAAGAAAUGGCCUCAGUGGGGGAGCCUGACAAGCUGACUAUGGUGAUGUACCUGACUCAGUUCUACGAGAUGUUCAAGGACUCACUCCCCUCCAGUGAUGCCUUGGACCUGAAUGCUGAGGAGAAAGCAGUCCUUAUAGCUAGCACCAAAUCUCCCAUCUCCUUCCUAAGCAAACUUGGGCAGACCAUCUCUCGGAAACGUUCUCCCAAGGAUAAAAAGGAAAAGGACUUGGAUGGUGCUGGAAAGAGGAGAAAGACCAGUCAAUCGGAAGAGGUUUUGGGUGUUGGUGUUUAUCAGGAGGAAGCACCCCGGGGCUACAGAGGAGGAAGGCCCACACUGGUGAGCACUCUGACAGACAGGAGGAUGGAUGUGGCCCUUGGCAAUCAGAACAAAGUGAAAUACAUGGCAACCCAGCUGCUGGCCAAAUUUGAAGAGAAUGCACCUCCACAGUCCACUGGCAUGAGGAGACAGCCGACACAAGAGCGUGGGGUCAGCCAGCCGUCCUGCUGCCUACCUGAGCAGGGUCGCCCUGCUCCCACCCCCCAGUGGAAACAGCGACGGGAAAAGGAGUGUUCUCGGACCUGCCCCAAAAAAGUGAUCACACUCUCUCCUCCCCCUUCUCCACCUCCCUGUCGGGCGCCUGGCAGCCAGCAGACGUACAGGGAUCUUGAUGCUGACAGCCGUGGCAAGCAGAGUCCCCACCAUGAGAGGCCAGAGCCUGAACCUUCUCGCCGAUUUUUUGUUGACCAGUGGGAGCUUUCUCUUAGUCUUCGCUCCUCCAACCGCCCCGCCUCUCCCUCCUCUGACUCUCUCCGACAGAAGUAUAUAAAGAUGUACACUGGCGGAGUGAGCUCAUUGGCUGAGCAGAUAGCCAAUCAGCUUCAAAGGAAAGAACAGCCCAAAACCCUUCUAGACAAGAAGGAACUGGGCUCGAUAAAGAAGGAGUUCCCACAGAACUUAGGAGGCAGUGACACGUGCUACUUCUGUCAGAAGCGGGUCUACGUGAUGGAGAGACUGAGUGCUGAGGGCAAGUUCUUCCAUCGGAGCUGCUUCAAAUGCGAGUACUGCGCCACUACCCUGCGCCUCUCGGCUUACGCCUAUGACAUCGAGGAUGGUAAAUUCUACUGCAAACCACACUACUGUUAUCGACUCUCCGGCUCCGCACAGAGGAAGAGACCGGCAGUGGCUCCUCUGUCUGGCAAGGAGGCCAGAGAACCCCUGCAGGAUGGCCCCACUGUGGACACAAAUGGACGGGCCAGCGCCGUUGCCAGCCCUGCUGAGAGAACCCCAGGUUCAAGUGUGAAUGGCCUGGAAGAGCCUAGCAUUGCUAAGAGACUCAGGGGUACUCCUGAAAGGAUUGAGCUGGAGAACUACCGCCUGUCUGUGAAACAGGCAGAGGAGCUGGAGGAGGUGCCUGAGGAGACGCAGGCUGAGCACAACCUGAGCAGCGUGCUGGACAAAGGCGCAGAGGAGGACGUGGCCAGCAGCAGUUCUGAGUCCGAGAUGGAGGAAGAGGAGGAGGAGGAAGAGGAGCCUCUGCCCACCUCCGACCUGGGCGGUGUUCCUUGGAAGGAGGCUGUGAGGAUCCAUGCCCUUCUGAAAGGAAAGAGUGAAGAGGAGCUGGAGGCCUCAAAGAGCUACGAGCCUGGGAAUGAAGAGGAGGAAGAGGAAGAGUAUGAGGAGGAGGAGGAGGAGGAAGAGGAAGAAUAUGAGGAGGAAGAGGAAGAGUCUAGUGAAGAAGGGGAGUAUUGCCCCUGGGACAGAGAACUCCUGCAAAGCCAGUGGCUCCAGCAUCUGUCAAAAGAAGAAGAUACGGGUACAUGUAAAGUCGGGAGCCAGAGGCUACAGCAGAUCAUAAAUCCAGCCGACCCCUUGGAGAUCCAGGCUGAUGUGCACUGGACACAUAUUCGAGAGAAAGAGGAGGAGGAGCGAAUGGUACCAACCUCUGAGUCCUCCACUUCUAGAGUGCCUGACCUUCCCUCCAUUCGCCGCGCAGCAGUGCAGGCCUGGCUGGAGACAGUCUCCGGAGUCCCAUUUGAUGAGAAUGACCUGGAGGAAGAUGUGGACUCGGAGCCGGCAGAGAUAGAAGGGGAGGCAGCGGAGAAUGGGGACACAGGGGACACUGGUGCUGAGCUGGAUGAUGAUCAGCACUGGUCUGAUGAUAUCCCAUCAGAUGCCGAAACAGAGCUUCGCAUGCAGCACCAGGCAGCAGUGGAGGCGGAGCUGGAGCUGAGGGUAUCGGAAAAUGAGGAAGAGCAACCUGCCACCACACCAGGGCACCAAGAGAGAGGUCCCGCCCAAGUCCCCAGCCCUCCCCGAUCCCCUGAGGAGCAGGCUGGUCUGCUCUCCCCAGGCCACAGCCCUGAGGCAGAGGGGGCCCGAAUCCCACUUGCCUCUGUUGCUACCAAGGUGAAAUUGCCCAAGGAGAGCCUUUUCCCUGAGCCUUUGCUCCCCAAAGAGAAGCCCAAAGAAGAAGUGCCCAGUGAUGAGAGAGCUGUGCACUCUCCUAUCCGAUCACAGCCAGUGGCUCUGCCAGAAGCCAGGACACCUACCUCCCCAGUUAGUUCACAGCACCUGUCACCGCUGGCCACCUCUACCCCCACCACUACCCAGCUCCCCAUUUGCUCCCAACCCCAGCCUUCCUCUGAGGCCACUGUCCCGUCCCCCACCAAGUCCCCCAUAUGCUUCCAGCCCAUUCCAGCCAAAACACCCAUCCCCCUGGCUCCCCUCCCCUUGAAGACCCAAGGGGACACCAAGGACAGACUGGGCAGCCCUCUUGCUGUGGAUGAAGCCCUGAAGCGGAAUGACCUGGUGGCAGAGUUCUGGAUGAAGAGUGCCGAGAUCCGCCGUAGCCUCGGACUCACACCCGUGGAUCGGAGCAAGGUGUCCGAGUCCAGCUUCCCCUCCCCGGCCUUUAAACCAGUGUCCCUAAAAUCCUAUUCAGUUGAGAAGUCUCCUCAGGGUGAGGGGCUCCAGCUUCUAAAACCUCCACCUAUUCCUAAGAGGCUGGGCCUGCCGAAGUCAGAUGGCGACCAGCCCUCGCUGCCAACCCCCAAGUCCCCAUCUGACAGAGAGCUGAAAAGCUCCCAUGAGGAGAGGAGAGACCUGUCGAGCAGCUCUGGGUUGGGCCUUCAUGGGAGCUCCUCCAAUAUGAAGACCUUGGGCAGCCAGAGCUUCAACACCUCUGACUCCACCAUGCUCACUCCUCCUUCAAGCCCACCCCCACCCCCACCCCAGGAUGAGGAGCCCGCAACUCUUCGAAGGAAGCCAUAUCAGAUUUAUGAGCAUAAGGAGACCGAGCCCAAGGCCUCAGUAAUCCCACCCCCACCACCUGCAUCCUUUAUGAGGGCCCCCCGAGAGCCUGCCCAGCCCCCUCGAGAGGAGGUGCGGAAGUCGUUUGUGGAGAGUGUGGAUGAGAUCCCCUUUGCUGAUGACGUGGAGGACACCUAUGAUGACAAGACAGAGGACUCGAGUCUGCAGGAGAAGUUCUUCACACCCCCCUCUUGCUGGUCCCGCACCGAGAGGUCCCUCCAUCCACCCCUAACCAAGGAGAAUGGUAGGUUGCCUACUCUGGAGAGUGGGGUCCAGCCACAGAAGAGGGUCCUGCCCUUAGUCUCUCCAGAAGCCAAGGAGCUGGCUGAGGAGCGCAUGCGAGCCAGGGAGAAGUCUGUGAAGAGCCAGGCGUUGAGAGACGCUAUGGCCAAGCAGCUGAGUAGGAUGAAGGAGAUGGAGAUGGCGGCUGGGACCUCCAGGCCCCCAGGAGGCACCUCCCGCAAAGCCUCCUCAGUUCCCUCCAAGGGUAAAGAACUUGGCCUCGAGUCCCCUAAACGCCCAGUUCUCAAAGGCCCCAGGGAGCCCACCCUGAAGCAUGAAGCCACUAGUGAGGAGGUCCUCUCCCCUCCGUCGGACUCAGGGGGCCCAGAUGGUUCAGUCACCUCAUCCGAGGGCUCCAGUGGGAAGAGCAAGAAGAGAUCGUCACUCUUCUCCCCCCGCAGAAACAAGAAAGAGAAGAAGUCCAAAGGUGAGGGCCGGCCCCCAGAGAAGCCCAGCCCAAACCUCCUGGAGGAAGCAGCCGCCAAACCCAAGUCCUUGUGGAAGUCAGUCUUUUCUGGGUAUAAGAAGGACAAGAAGAAGAAGGGUGAUGACAAGUCCUGUUCCAGCACCCCUUCCAGCGGUGCCACUGUGGACUCUGGCAAGCACAGGAUGUCUCCUGUCGUGAGAACAGAGCUGCAGCUGCGGCGCCAGUUGAGUUUCUCAGAGGAUUCCGACCUCUCCAGUGACGACAUCCUUGAGAGGUCCUCCCAGAAGUCCAGGCGAGAGUUGAUUUAUGUACCACACGCCUUGGCAUUCAGGAGAUCAUAUGCAUCAAAGCCAAGAACUUACACAGAGGAGGAACUGAACGCCAAGCUGACCCGGCGUGUGCAGAAGGCAGCUAGGAGGCAGGCCAAGCAAGAGGAACUGAAGCGGCUACACCGAGCUCAGAUUAUCCAGCGGCAGCUGGAGCAGGUGGAGGAGAAGCAGAGGCAGCUGGAGGAAAGAGGGGUUGCUGUGGAGAAGGCACUCCGUGGUGAAGCAGACUAUUGGGGAGAGUCUUAUUACAGUGACCUCAUCGACUUGCAUCUGGGUGUUGAGCCCAGUGGCGGGACUCCACGGCGUAGACCUCUCUCCUUCUGCCCUUGCUGUGUCCAGGAAGGCAUGGGCAAGAAAGAUGACCCCAAGCUGAUGCAGGAGUGGUUCAAGUUGGUGCAAGAGAAAAAUGCCAUGGUGCGCUAUGAGUCAGAGCUGAUGAUUUUUGCCCGGGAGCUGGAACUUGAGGACCGGCAGAGCCGACUGCAGCAGGAACUUCGGGAGCGGAUGGCUGUGGAAGAUCACCUGAAAACCGAGGAGGAGUUGUCAGAGGAGAAGAAGAUCUUGAACGAGAUGCUGGAGGUGGUGGAGCAGAGAGAUGCCCUCGUGGCCCUGCUAGAGGAGCAGCGGCUCCGGGAAAAAGAGGAGGACAAAGACCUGGAGGCCGUCAUGCUGUCUAAAGGCUUCAGCCUGAACUGGUCCUGAGUUGUACCCGUGCUCUGGCUGGCUGGUCUGUGGCAUCUACCUGACCCAAGCUGGGUUCGUCCAAAAACCACCCGGAUGCAAGAUCUGAGAAGACCUGGCACCUCCUGGGAGUUUACACUGAAAUGUCUACGUGCCUCUUGAAAAGUGGGUCAAAUGUCUGUGCUAUGGGGAACCCCAGGCGAGGAUGAUUAUCUGAGGUGGCGGAGCCUCCUUGGAAGAGGCCCACCCUGACUUCCCGCUCCAGAGAGAGAGGAACACAGAGCAUUUGACACGUAACGCAGGAAAAGGAGAACCUGCAUGCUCCCCAAGGAGACGCACGGUGACUGGUGCCCCUUCCACGGGAGGAGGUAAGAGGCGGAAGCUGCCCCCUCUCUGACAGAACCACAGCCGCCAGGGUGUGCCUCUACAGAGCAGAAGGGACGGCCAUCGUCUUCGUGCUCCCUGAAGCACCACCAAAGAAAUGAAGAACACCCCCCAGGAGGCAAGAUGUGAAUCAAAACCUGGGAGGGGGCAGUGGCCAGCAGGUCAGUGCCUACGCUGGCAUCACAGGGGGACCUGAAGGCGGGCUGGCUCCCGAAUUCAUUAUGCAAGAAGGAGGACCCAGGAGGGAUCUGCUCCCCGGCACCCCCGCACCACACACUGGACCCCUGGUGGCCAAAUGUCCCAGGCCUCUCUCUGGCUCUGGCCUGAGGCCUGUGGAUUGCUGCAUUCUGCUUUUAAUUCACAACAAUUUUGACACUGGAAAAUACUGACUUUGGGGGACAGGAUGAGGCCCGACAUUUCAAGCCCCCACUUGACAGACAGGCGUUGUCACUGUUCAGCGCUUCACGUCGGGGCAGGAGAUUAUCUUUUUCCUUGACGUUUUUCCUGUGUUUGCACAUUGAAAUGAAGCUGACAACCUGGCGAGACGCUCAGCCGCUUCGGACCCUUUUUGUCAAUUAACUUAUUUUUUUAAUACUUGAAAAGAAUUAACUUCAUUUUUAUAUCUUUACUAGAGACACUGAUCACGUGGCACCCGGUGUAGGAGUGACGGGGGUGUCUGCUGCGUCCUACACAGUCCCAUCCCAAACUGACUGAAUGCUGUUACAGCUGUCUAUUUAUUAGCCUUCUUCAUCGUGUUGCUGACCCAGUUGGCAUUAGGGAGCAGCUGAGACCCUUGUGUGGGUUCUUGGUUGUAGCUCUUCUGUCCCCUCCUGUACUUUGUGUCUGGCACCUUCUCCUUCACCUGGCUCACUCUUACUGUGGUACCAAACUUUUGUGUCUGCACCAUUCAUCUGUCAGGGGUACAUUUCAGCACUGUUUGAGGCCAGGUCAAAAGGCACAGAUGUCACUCACCUCUCUCUAUUGAACCCUGGCUCUGCAGAACCCGUUUUUUUGUUUUUUUUUUUUUUCUCUGCUUUGGUGCCAGGGUUUCACCUCCCACAGCAUAUUUAUUAAAGUUUGGGGGUAAGCCCUUUUCCAAGCUGGCCAAGACAGUGUAUGGUGGGACCCUGUAAUCCAUCUAGCUGAUGAGAAUUCCCCUCAGCCCAGCCUCAGGUCCCACCAGACAGAGAUGCAAGUGUUGUAGCACAUAUUGGAAUUUAGGUUGGUCUCUCACAGUUAACGCCACCCCAGACCUCCUCUGCACCCAGAUCUCCAUGGGGAGGCAGGGGUAAUGAGUACCAUGUAACCAGCUCCUUGAGCCAAACUGCUCACUUCUCCUAGUUCAACCAGAGACUGGCCUUGUACAGCUCAUAGAGCCACGGUGUGGGAAAAUCUGGUGGCACAGGGCUUGUCCAGCCACACAAUGACAUGCGGUCCACCCAGGGAGGAUUCCUGUCAGGGCCAGGCCCAUCUGGGAGGGUCCUCCAGCAGAAGACUUCUGGUGGAGAGGGGCCUGUGUAGAGAGAACAGAGGCCUGGCAGCUCUUCAAGGCAGCCUAGAUCAGGUGUCCGUGCUGACCUUGGAAUCUCCAGGGGGACCCACACCAUGACUCAACUUGAACAUUCAUUCUUAGUACAAAGGAGCAAAGAACCUGUCUUAACUCUUCACUUUGUCCGAAGGCUGCCAUCUCUCUCCUGUGGAAAUCCAGAUGUGCUGCUAGCAGCUGUCACAGCUCUGACUUCUUCACUUUCUGUUUUCUGAUGAGACAGAAUCUCCAUUUUUAUGCUUUUCUUAAAAAGGGGAGGGGUGGGUGUUCUAGAUUCUAUCUUUAAACCUCAACCUUCCAGUAAAAUUGGACUUGAGACAGGACCUUCAUCAGGCGGCCUUGUCCCUAACCUGCUUCACCUCUUGAAUGCCACCUUAACUAGCCAAGCCCCAGGAGAGCUGUGCCUGCAUCCCUUGUGGCUCCUGCUAAUCCCAGAACAAGGAAGCAGUUUACGAAGUGGCCGGUAAGGGAUGCGGCCAUAGCGAUGUGCUGUAAGUAGCUUAAUGUAGCAGGAGCACCAGAUGUUACCGUCUGCCCUUGCUGCCGGCCAGUACUGGUCAGCCUUUUAACACUCUGCACUCUGCCGAAGCACACUGCUGCCUGCAGUUAAUAGAAGGGGGACUGAAGACUCUGCAGAGAAGCUUCAAAAAUCCACCAGCCUGCGAAAUGUUUGCCAGUUCUCCACUCCCAAUGGUGUUGCGACUUCAGGUUCUAGUAGUGCACCUUUUUUUUUAAAGCUCCCAUUUUAUAACCACUAGUUUGCAGUUUAUUUUAGUACCCUGGUGACAUGCUGUGUGAAAUGUUUUCCAACUCUGGAAAUGCAUGCAGCUCCAGGCAGGUCCCCUUCCUGACAUUUAAGUCCUCUUGAAGGCAGGAGACAGAGAAUAUAUAUAUAAAUAUACACACAUCAAUGUGUGUGUAUAUAUAUGUAUGAAAUGCCAGAGUUUGAGCCCAAACACAAGGUCAAUACAGUGGACAACCAGUCCAGUGUCACUAGAGGGAAGGCUGUAGGCACCCCUACUCCUGAGUCUAAGGGACUCCAUGUGGGGUUCUAACCCUGCUCAGGUGAUAUAUUUGGGCCUUUGCCCUCAAACUAUCCUCCAGUUGCUUUUGACCAGCAAUGAUAGACUAUCCUUUCAGAAGAAGAAAUUUUUCAGUGGGGCAGGAGGUUUAAAGGAAAAAAAUUGAAAGGUGGUAAUAACUGAGCUGCCAGUUAGGCAGAAGGGGAAUGGGCCAUUUUAUGCGCAAUAAAAGUUUUUAAAAGAAAUACAGAAUAUUUCUUUUUUU